AUGGAUAUACCGGUAUCUGUUACGAUUAGUAAAACCGCAUUUGGAGUCGGAUUUACCCUAAGAGACGAAGGUAAACCAUAUGAAUCGACAGCAAUUGUAAGUAGAGUAGCUCGUGGCAGCCCAGCAGAAGCAUCCGGUUUGAAAGCUGGCGAUCAGAUUAUUGCUAUAAAUCAAAAACCUGUGAAGUCUAUGACUUUCUUAGAAGUCUCCAAUUUUCUACGAAGUGGCAGUGAUCAAAGUAUUGAACUAACUUUGAUACACAAAGCAGCACAAAACCACAAAGAAUACAAUGGUGCAAUUAUGGUCAAUGAGUUGCCAGACUCUAACGCAUUAAUUUUAUCAAGUAUGGCUAACGGUGUAGAGAGGAUUUCGUCGAAAGAUACAAAUAUUCCAUCUGACUGUGGCACUACCGAUGAAGGGUAUGGUGGUGGGGGUGUUGCUGUAGAACAAGGAAAAGUGACAUCGGAUUCUGUGUCAGCUGUUUCCGCUACUACUGCCUAUAAAAUUGCAGAUAACGAUCAUCAGUUAGAUAGGCCAAAACCGAAGCCACGAAAUACUAACAGAAAAUAUCGUGAUUAUAAUGAUAUGGAAAAUGUGGUGGAAGCAUUAUACAAUAAAAGUUCAAUGAAACCAGUUUUAUCACAGCUUCAAGAACCCAAACCCCUUGAGUACAAUCACUCGUCAACAGGUCCCCUGCUGUCAAACAACCUUUUACCUAGUGAAGGUCGUAAAGAGAAUACUAUUCCGCCUAGUUCAAUUCAAUUGAUUCAUAAUCCUUCAGGAAAAAAUGAUGAUGUUAAACAUGCCACCACAGUCAAAUCGACCAGUUGUCAUCAUCACAAUCCAUCUACCACCACAACCACCAACAUCACUAAUUCAACAAGAACUAACAAAGAAGGUGUUCGAAUUAUUCGUAAGCAUACAAUCGAUUCAUCUGUAUUAGAAGAGACAAAUACUGAUACUCUCCGUGUUCGAUUUAUUCGUAAACGUGCUUAUGCAUCAGCUCGUCAUCCAGGUCGAUAUGAUCAAGUGAAUUUGCUAACUUCUCAAAAUAAUAUUACAAUUCACACUUCUCCUACUUCUCCUUCUUAUGCUCCUCCUCAUACUACCAUCACCACCACAAUCAACCAUUCCGAUAUGCCUUCAACAAUAAUCCCACCCCCAUCAUCAUCAUCAGCAUUAUUAUCAAACACUAUUAAUACAUCACCGUGUCAACUAUUACCUGCAGUUACUACUAACCAAAAGACACCAAUUAAAAAUCAGAAUAUUGAACCGAAGAUUACUCAUUUACCGCGUCGUCGUAGCUCUGGUGGUCAAAGUCUACGGUCGCAUAUUCCACAAACGUAUGACGCUAACCCAAAUCUGGAAACGCCUCCUACAAGAAUUGCUCCAGCAGAUGUACGCAGAUUGAAUAUUUCAUUGUCAUCAUCAUCACCUAAAGAAGAUUCCGAUUUUCAUGGUAAAUCUAUGCACAGUGCUGUAACACAUGGCGCCGCUGUUGCUACUGCUACCACUGGUAAACCAAGCCUAAUAACUUCCCGCCUAUGGUCAUCAUCAUUUGAACAAGAUCAGAAUGAAUCUGUAUCAGAGUUGUGGACACGUGCAGGCGAGGUAUAUCAUUUACUUGAAUUAGAAAGCCAACGAUUAGCCAGUAAACAGGCGGCUGCAGCAAAAGCUGCAGAAGCAGCACUGUCUGCUACGCCUACAACUGCCAUUAACAAUAUGCGUCGUUAUCCUGGUGCUGCUAGUCAUCCAAUGACAGGUUCAUCAUCAUAUACUAUGGAGAAAAGUGUACCUGGAGGCAGUGAAUUCUCUACAACACAACACCUGCCUUUUUAUUCAUCACCUGUUGUUCUUGGCGGUAGUGGUGCAAACAAUGCUAAAGAUGGUUUGGCGACGAAAACAAAUAAUUACAGUUCAUCCGAGUCAAAUCGUGAUCAUGCAUCUGUGAAUCCAACAGCAAAACGACUACAAUUCCGUGCUUUUUGCGCAGGUCUACGAUGUCAUCGAUCGGAAUCAAAUAUCUUGUGUGAUAUGUCCGGAUCAUUCCUAUCGCGUCAGUGUUUUUGUAAAAUUCUUGCUAUUAGUGGAUCCGAUAGUAAAUCUUAUGCAUGGAAACCGUAUUACAUGUGUGUUGCUGACGGCGAAGUGAAAUUUAUCAAAGCAUCAUGGGCAUUUUAUGGAGCUGGUCGAAAUUCUAGUAAAACAUCUAAAAAUACAAAUGAUAUUAUCUAUCCACGAAAUGCAAGUUUAAAUAAUCUUCGUGAUUAUUCAUCUAAAACGCAUCAUAAUACAUCAAGAUCACAAGAUGGAUUAAACGAUGACUCUAUAUCAUAUCAUCAGUGUCCCCGUCAACUUCUGAAACUGAUUGUUCAUCUAUUUCAUCGUCAAAUAUUGCUGGCAAAUCGAUUAGUCCAUCAUCGGCUUCUUGUAUAG